CCGUUUCGCUGUCAAGAAACAUUGAACAGCCAGCUGUAAUGGAGGACUAGCUUAUUCAACUACCUGAAUUCGCUUGAAAUACUCUCUACAAAAGAUUAUGAGAAAAAGGUUUUCUAGUCUACACUAAAAGCAAACGAGUGGAGUCUGACACUAAGUGUUGUCUUCGGGAAAGCUAUAUAGGAAUCACAGUUUACAAGGAAGGUCCACGAUUUUAAAUCGAGUGUACUGCGCUGAACGUAAUGAUGAAGGUUUCUGGGGGUCUAAAUGCUUCUCGUCUACUAGCUGCCUUAGAAGAUGGGCUUAUGAGAGAAGGAAAAUACAAGUCAAACCUUAAAUGUCUUGCAGGAAGAAAGGAUUUUGAUGAAAUCAGUUUCUUCCAUCGCAACAAAAUGGUUAGUCUUCUUCUUCGCCUGAACAGACAUUGUGGCUUUCAACCAGAAACAUUUGCCUUAGCUGUCAACUUAUUAGAUCGUUUUCUCACUGUAGUAAAGGCACGGCCAAAGUAUCUUCCAUGUAUGUCUAUCUGUUGUCUGUUUUUGGCAGCAAAAGUAGUGGAGGAAGAUGAGGCAAUCCCUACAGCUGGAGAUUUAGUAAGCGUCAGUGGCUUGAAGUGCACACCUUCAGAUUUAUUACGUAUGGAAAGAAUUGUACUUGAUAAGCUUGGUUGGAAUUUGAAUGCCAUAACACCACUCUAUUUCCUUCAAGUGUUCCAUGCACUGUGUGUUUCCAAGGGUUAUCUCGACAACUGCCCUGUCACACAACAUCUACAACAGAUUACACUCAAGCUUGAACAACUUCUAUGUCACCAUGCGUUUACCUUUGUUAAUUCAUCUACUCUGGCUCUUGCAGUAUUGAGCAGUGAGAUAAGCCUUUUAACUGACACUUGGGCUGAAGCAACAAUCUGUCUACAGGAGCUUGCAAAGAUCCCAGAGUCUGAGUUGAAUGAUACCAGGCUGUGUUUACUUCAGUACAAUGAUUCUCUUAUUACCACAGCCAUCCAUGAAAAUAAAUCAGGAUCUAAUCCAAUGAUACAGAAUCAAGAAAAUGUAGACUGUACAAUUCAUCAUACUGUUUCUCAGACGCAACCAAUAGUUGCCCCAGCAUAAAACCACAUCAUUUUAUAUUAUAAUUAAGAGAAAUUAUCAUUUAAAUAGUCCAAACAGAAUGAUGCUAUUAGGAAUUUUAAUAAGUUGAUGUAGGUAUGUUUUUAAAAGAUGUUCAAAUCUUUUGGAGUUGAUUUUAUACACAUUUUACAAGAUUUAGAUAGAUGUCUGUUAAUUGUUCUAUGAGUGUUUUCAUUUCUAUUAUUGUAUAUUUGUAAAGUUUUGUAAAAUUUGUACAUUGGAAAAGGGAUAUGUAGAUUAGACAAGGUCAAGGAGGGUUUAGUAUUAUAAUUGUAAAUUCAAAUAACUAAAAUGCUAUAUCUUUUUUUUUUUUGCUUUGUUGUAUUGUAAUCUAUUAUGAUUCACCAUCAGCUUACUUACAGUUUAAAUAUCUCAAAUAUCAAUUUUAAUAGCUUGUAAUUAGUGCUAUUCUUUUGUAUACAUGGUAUAUAUGAACAUACUGUACAGAUUUACAUUAUUGCUAAAUUAUAAAAAAAUAAAUUGAAAAAAAAUUUUUC